CUGUAGUUGAGUGUAAUGGAGGAGCCUGAGUCGCUGUUGGCCUCGAGGUCAGAGGAGACGAGGGUCAACGGACGCUGCAGAUGGAGCGCUCCCACUCUGGAUACCAAGGUGGUGGAGGACUUCAGGCGGAGGCUCAAGUACUUCUUCAUGAACCCCUGUGAGAAAUACAAGGCCCGAGGUCGCAAACCAUGGAAACUGAUGUUACAAAUAUUAAAGAUUGCAAUCAUCACGAUCCAGUUAGUCUCUUUCGGCCUGAGCAACGAAAUGAUGGUCACCUUCAAAGAUGAAAACCUGAUGACAUUCAGACACCUGUUUCUAAAAGGAUACAAGGACCACCGUAUGGGAGGCUAUGCACUGUACACCAAAGCAGAUGUGUGUGAUCACAUCGACUACGUUAUCAACAGGUACAUUAAUCUCCAAAACCUGACAGUUGGUAAUCUUGCAUACGAGAGCGUUGACGGCAAUUACACGCCUCUGUCUGUCUGUCAAGAGUUUUACAGAAACAGCAGCAUCGAUCCUGAAAAUGAGACCUUUGACAUUGAUCCACAUAUUGCUAAAGAUUGCGUUUCCAUUUAUCCUGCGCAGCGGUUUGACGACAACAGUUCGAACUUCUCUUUAGAUUUCAGAAGGCUGCUAUCUGUGAACAUCUACCUCACUCUGAAAACAAUCAACCUGCAGACUGUGCGGCACCACGAGCUACCAGACUGUUAUGACUUCAACAUAAUGAUAAAGUUUGAUAACCGUGCGCACAGUGGAAAGAUAAAGGUCGAUGUUGAGAAUGAUGUCAGAAUUUAUGAAUGCAGAGACUGGAACGUGGAAGGAGCUUCGGGUAAGAACGAUUACCUCCUCCUGCUGUUUGACUCCGUGGUCAUCCUCGCCUGCUUCAUCUCUCUCAUCCUCUGCACGCGAUCGGUCAUCAAUGGCAUCCAGCUCCAGUUUGAGUUCAACAUCUUCUUCCAUGCGUACUACAAUAAAAUAGUGUCCUGGUCAGACCGCAUGGAGUUUGUGAACGGCUGGUACAUCCUCAUCAUUGUGAGCGACACACUGACCAUCGCUGGGUCAGCACUCAAAAUUGGAAUACAAACAAAGUACCUGACAAACUACGACGUCUGCAGUAUCUUGCUGGGAACAGCCACAAUGCUCGUCUGGGUCGGCGUGAUGCGUUACCUUGGUUUCUUCAAGAAAUACAACAUAUUAAUCUUAACCCUAAGGGCGGCGUUCCCAAACGUGAUCCGAUUCUGCUGUUGUGCGGCCAUGAUCUACCUCGGCUACUGCUUCUGUGGCUGGAUCGUCCUUGGGCCUUACCACGAAAAAUUUCGAACGCUCGACAAGGUGACAGAGUGCCUCUUCUCGCUCAUCAACGGGGACGACAUAUACGGCACCUUCCUGAAGAUGAGACACGAGGGCUACAUGGUGUGGCUUUUCAGCAGAAUCUACCUCUACUCCUUCAUCUCCCUCUUCAUCUACAUGGUGCUCAGCCUCUUCAUCGCCCUCAUAACUGAUACUUAUGAGACCAUCAAGCAUCAUCAGCAAGACAAAGUGCUGGUGUCCCAGCUUCAGGCCUUCAUAGCAGAGUGCAGGGACAAGCCUGACUCUGGAAGAUACCAGACUGGUGAAGAACCGGCCUGCUGCUGCUUUGGAUGA